AAUUCCCUAUAUAAAGGGUGGUUUUCCAGCCCGACAACGACAGAAACCGAUCUAUUUUACUCACGCGCGAGUAUCACGCUAAAGUAUCGUUCAACAUGAGGGCUCUGAUCUGCCUGGUACUGAUCUCCGCGGCGUUCGCCGCCGAAGAGAAGACGGUCAAGAAGCGUGGUCUGAUCGGCCUGGGUGACUACGGACUUGGCGGUUAUGGCGGCCUUGAUGGUGGAUAUGGUAGCCUUGGUGGCCUUGGUGGAUAUGGUGGUCUUGGUGGUCUUGAUGGUGGUUAUGGUGGCCACGGCGUUGCCAUCGCCAUUAAAGAGAAGACUGUCGCUGUCCCAGUCGCGGUCCCGCAACCAGUUCCCGUCGAUCGCCCCUACCCCGUCAAGGUUCCUGUUGAGGUCCCGAAGCCUGUUCCAGUAGCCGUUCCGGUGCCAGCGCCCUACCCCGUUAUCCAGACCAAGACGAUCGCGGUUCCCGUAGACAGGCCUUAUCCAGUCCAUGUUAAGGUGCCAGUGCCCGUACCUGCUCCAUACCCAGUACCCGUCAAGGUUGCUGUCUCCCACCCCGUUCCAGUUCCGGUCUCCCACCCAGUUCCAGUCCCAGUCAAAGUUCCCGUCGUCGUCAAAGAAACGGUUCCCGUUUACAUUAAGGGCUACGGCCACUACUAGAUGAAUUUCUCCUCAAGAAAAAAAUCACAUACACACCACCCCGCUCCAUCGUAACCCUUUUCCCAGCAGCCAAAAAUCCAUCACGACGAGCGUCUGUUCAAAAGACGCUUCUUGUCGUGUAGUACCUUGAAUUCACGAAAUAAAUCAAUUUUGUAAAUGUUUUCGUAAAGAAA